UUCGAGUUUAAAGCACGUGCUUGCGAACGCCGCUUGGCCUCCCUAGAUAGCGCCAUGAGCUCAGUAUACAAAAUGGCGACUAUGCAGCAGAAAACGUUUUGUGUGUUAGAGUACGCGCGAUAUUUACCUGUUGUUACAGUGCAACGUGCAUUCCGACGGCGGUCAUCAGAGCACUCUACGAUGGUAUCGACAAUUCAAGAAGACAGGCUCCAUUACUAAACGUAAAAAUACCGGAAGAGCACGAGUUCCUGGCGAAAU